ACAGAAACUCUGAGGGACCCUGACAACCACUAUGGAUUUGGGACUGAUAAUGGAGGUGGAGGAACUGCAGAGCUUCUGCUCUACCUCCAACAAAGAUUUGGUCCUGUCACUUCAUUCAGUGGCAGCUACAGAGCUGAUCGAUGGGAGCUCAACAUUAACAGGACAUCAGAUGAGAAGAGAGGAUGUGAGAACGGUGAUGUAAGGCUACAAGGUGGGGCGAGUCCUUACAAUGGCUAUGUUGAGUUCUGCUGUGACAGAGUAUGGGGAGGUGUCUGUAGUGAUGGGUGGGACGCUAACGACACUAGGGUUGUUUGCAGGCACCUAGGUUUUGACGCCGGAGAUGGUGUACUUAUUGAUGCACCUCCUGAUGCUGCUGAGAAUGCACUGGCAUUUCUGGAUCCAAUCACAUGUACAGGGUCUGACAGAUACGUGAAUGAGUGCAGUCAUAAUGUACUAUCAACAGCAGGAGAAUGUACCAAAAUAGCAGUUUCAUGCAGGAAAUUCUCUACUGCAGUUGGUGCUAGCUCCCCUAAGAGAGGCUCACUACUAACAUGGGCUGUAAUAGGAGUUGCAGUGUUCACCUUACUAGUAGCAUUUGUAGCAGUUAUAGUUCCACUACUGGUGGUAAUGUCCUCCAAGAGACACAGGAGGAAGCAGUUGGAGAGGAUGCAGCUCGACAUAAUGGCUGUAGCUGGUUUAAAUGUCCCCAACUUGGAGUCAACUCACAGAACACAAUCCAUGGUGGAAAAUGAACCAGAUGAAAAAGAAGCACCUGAUGAGGCUGGAGCCAACAACCCUUACUGCGAGCCAUGGCCAGCUAGUGAGUCGACAACCUUCUCACACAUAUCUUGGACCAGGGUUCCCUCGUAUCGUUUGAGAGAGUUGGCCAGGGGGAAGUUCCUGGUCAAGAGUGGAGAUAUUACUCUACUGGAGUGUAUUGGGGAAGGGGAGUUUGGGAUAGUCUACAAGGCAAGGCUGCAGCUAUCCAAGGCAGUAGUAGCUGUAAAGACCUUUAAAGGUGAUGUUGACCAGGUCGAGGUGGACAAGUUUCUGGAGGAGAGUCUGAAAAUGAGUCGGUUCAGCCAUGCACAUGUCAUGAGCCUCACUGGAGUCUGUCUGGAAGCUGGCUACAUAAUUAUGCCAUACAUGGCCAAUGGGAGUCUCCUCACCUAUCUCAGGAGAGAGAGAAAGAACCUCGUUUUACAUGAAUCUGAUGAAGAUGAGGUAGUGGAAGUUCGCAAGCGGCUGAUGGUCAUGUGCUCCCAGAUAGCCAGUGGGAUGCAAUACCUGGCGGCCAAUAAGUACAUCCACCGCGACUUGGCUGCCAGGAACUGCAUGAUCGAUGCACAUUUCCUGAUCAAGAUCUCAGAUUUCGGUCUGACGGAGGAUGUGUUUGAGAGGAACUACUACAGACAGGGCAAGAGCCAUGGGGAGAGAGUGAAACUGCCAGUCAAG